AUGCUAAUCGAGGAAGCCGAUUUCGAGAGGGCGUGUCGUGCUGCUGGUCGAGGAGUGGCACCUCAGCAUAAAACAAGAGUACGCCCGCGAGCCGCAGCCGUCGACUCCAAUGAUGGCGACUGGAGCGUCGCUGGUGGAUCCCGCUCUCAAACGUUUUGGCCACGGUUCGGAGAUGUCUGCCUUGUAGCAGCCGGUGUCCGUUGUGCCGUGCUCCUCGACUCGCGCCGCGCGCCCCGCGGAUUUCCUCCGCUAGCAGACGUUCUGUUGGCAAUGCAGCACGAUCAACAGGAACGGCAACAGCAGAAAGAACGUUGCGCGACCCGUGACUGUCAUUCCGACUGCGAUUGUAGCAGCGGCGGCGUCGCCUGCUUGGGAUUGCUCGUUUUGGAAGGGUCGAGCUUCUUGGUCAACCGUGUUAUGCUUGUGCAUAGACUCAACGAGCUUUUUUCGGGUGAAACCAUCGCUGCACAACAAGCAGACGAGAUGUUCAGGAGGUCGUCGACAUGUGCCACCGGUUGCGGCAAGAAGAGUGGAUAUGAGGCAGAGGCGGUGAGACCGGCGGUGGAUGUUGCCGCCUCAGCUCAUCAGCGCCGCUUAGGUUGGCGAGACUCGACUCUCCUCGACGUGAACAAGGCUCUGGCAGUGCCGAGUGAUCGCAGCGAUGUUCUCGCACCAAGACUCUGUGCUGCUCUCCUCUGGGCCUUCGGCGGAGCAACGGUAGCGGCCACCGCGAAUAGCGUUGAAGGAGGGCGAGCCAGCAGACCAUCACCAACGCCACCACCACGAGGUACUAGCAGAGAGUCGAUGGCGAUGGAGACCCCGGCGAAGAGCAACAAGGAAGACAGGUUUUGUGGGGGCGACGGCGUACAUCGCGUGCUGCCAUCAGAACUAGAAGGGGGGGCACGCUGGCUGCGAGACUUGAGCAUGAAGGAGCUGAUUUUGGACUGUGAGAGCCUUGUUAAAACCUUGGGCGACGUCGGCCUCUCCGGGUUGGCCGGUUGGCUGCUCGAGUAUCCGGUGAUUUACUGCUGCUCCUCUCUCAACGACGGGACGAGCAAUGGAAGCGACGGGAAGGAAAUGGAGCAUGCAAGGGGCAACUGCUUGGCUGCCGUCCCACUCACCGUCUACUCGUUUGCAGUCGACUUGGGCGACAAGGGGAGGGGCUGCUCCUCCCGCUCGCAGCCGUCGCUCGAUGAGCGCUCGGUGAGCGCUACCGGCGCAUGGUUCGACGCCUUUAGCUUCAGCGUGCCCGAGACGAUGUGUGGUCCAACCGAGACCGAGCAGGAUGAGGACGAAGUAAAUGGUGGUGGUGCGUGCGGGGAAAAUCGCGAGGAGCGACACCGGCGAACGGCUGCUGCUCUUCAUGGCCUCGUGGACAAUUUUGUACAGACAAUAGACCGUCGAUUGGCGCGACUUCGCGGAAGUGGCGACAAUGGUAACGGCUCCUUCUUAAGCCUGAAUGUUUUCAAGCGCAGAGCGACGCUUGACCAGGUAGCGCUUUAACCACAAAUCAUUUGGCAGCCUUCGACAACUGUUCGGGACAUUUCUAAUGUCAAAUAAGACGCGCUACGUCCGCUUGUCGCAUCCGCUCGUAGCAUCGCACAACAAGGCCGUUCCAUUGUUGCCUUUAAUAUCGCGAUCAUCAUCACUCGACAAAACGCCGCCGAUUGAAUCGUUGCCCAUUCGUUUGCGACGUUCGUGCAUGGACAUGCAAGGCAAGAGUUGCGGCAUGGUGUCGUGGAGCGUCCCUGCCUACCCUUACAAAAGUUGAGCACCCUCAUACUCUGCCAUGCCCUGUCCAAGACUUCGAAACCUUUCCUGCACUACAGCAAAAUGCGUUUCGAGGAUGCAGAUUGCGAACAUUCUCGUUUCUCUGGGCUGAUUGUGCGGAAUCGGCCUCCAAGCUUUCAUUACGUUGAGGUACUGAAUAUAUGCGGGGUGAUGUUUGCCUAUUCAACGAGGCGCUCCCGCCUUUCCCUGAGUCCACACUGAGCGGCAUUUAAGCCGCUUACAACUGGUAUCUACACCAGCUUACCACGACACGAGUCAAUAUCGUUCUUCCCGAGUCCUCCUCAGGCCUCCCUUUCAUACACGUUCAACAAGCCGUCCCUCGCUACUUCGUAACGGGUUGGUGUGUGGUUUAGAGCCUCAGCUCCACCUUUUUCACUACAAGAAGCUCCUGUGUUGAGCAC